AGCAAAAAUUCUCUGGUAAACUGUUUUAAAUUGGAUAAUUCUGAGAGAAAUGCAGUCGAUUUUGUCGUCAAUGCGAGCCCUGGCCUUGCGCCAGCCCACGGGCGAUGCCAUACGGCGCCUGCACCUGACGGCCAUCAGCGAAGCGGCUCGGAAAGGCACCAGGGAGAAGGCCCGCAAGAAGAAGGUUAAAGUGGAAGUCAAGAAGGUGGGAUUUAUUCCACACAAUCAACGCGACAAGAAAGUCAACGUGAAACGUGCGGACAAACAUGUGGACGACUCCUGGAAGCAAGUGUCCAAAGACGAUGUUUACGUGGGACGCUAUUACCGCUGGCCGGUGUACAGCGUGGCCGAGGCCAUACAGUGCCACCGGGAGACACAUCAUCCGAGCAUGUACAAUGUGCCCAACGCCCCCCUGAAUGUGGAGAUUGAGCUGAACAUGCAAGGCGAGAAGGCGACUCGGUUUGUGGACAACUUCCAGCGCAUGGCUAUGAUUCCGCACAAGUUUGAGCAUGGCGAGGAGCGCAAGAUCAUUGUUUUCACCAAGGGAAACGACGAAAUCUUAGAGGCAAGACAGGCCGGUGCUUCGCUUGUCGGUGGCGUGGAACUGAUCAAAGAUAUAACAGGCGGCGAGCUGCUGCUAUCCGACUACCAGUUCAUUAUUGCGCAUCCCAACAUUCUGCCCGAGCUAGUUGCACUGCGAGGUCUGAUGAAGCGCAAAUUUCCAAACCCAAAGAGCGAAACGUUAGGCGCAAAUCUGGCAGAGAUGAUUAUUAAGUUUUCCAGUGGCAUUAGCUACAGUGCAACAAAGGAUGAAUACCAGCAGAACUUUGGACUAAUCUCCGCCAGUGUGGGACCCCUGGACAUGGAUGCACAAAAGCUUGAGGAAAACCUCAAACAUCUGCUGCAGGAUAUCAACACUAUGCGCCCAAAGCGCGAGGGAAAGUUCAUAACUCGAGUUUUGCUCAAGAGCCCGCCCAGCAGUGAGCAGCUCAAGAUCGAUCCUUUUGUGUAUGUCCCCGAGAUGUGGGACAAGAGCUCAGCGAAGGUGAAACGGGAAGAGGUUAAAAAGCAGGAGGAUCCGGCGGAACCCCAAGAGGCAGUAGCGGCCAAUUAAUUAUAAACAUACAUGACUAUGUAUUUGUAUUGUUGAUGAUUUCGUUUGUGCAUACUUUAAACUUACAUCUGCUAUAGAAA